AAACCAUAAACAAAACAAAACAAAUUAAUUCGAUUCGAUAUGUCUGAGUAUAGUUCCAACUCCUCCUCCUCCGAUAAUAUCUCCGCCACCAAUUCUUCCGACGAGGAUCAAAUCACACUUGCAUCAAGUCAACCCAAGAAGCGAACCGGGAGAAAGAUUUUUAACGAGACAAGACACCCGGUUUACAGGGGAAUUCGUAAGAGGAAGAACAACAAGUGGGUUUGUGAGGUUCGAGAGCCUAAAAAACAAUCGAGAAUAUGGCUAGGAACUUACCCAACUGCCGAGAUGGCGGCUAGGGCUCACGAUGUGGCGGCGCUGGCUCUCAGAGGUCGGAAAGCGUGUCUGAAUUUUGCAGACUCUGUGUGGCGGUUGCCGAUACCGGAAUCGGCGGAGGCAGGGGAUAUCAGGAAGGCGGCGGUGGCGGCGGCGGAAGAGUUUCGACCGGAGUUAAUAAUUAGUAAUGGAGAGGGAAAUAGAAAGAUUAUUAGUAGUAGUGAAGAUGAUGGUGAUGAUGAGAAAUUAGUUAUGUAUGUUGAUGAAGAAGCGGUUUUUGGAUUGCCAUGGCUGCUUACAAAUAUGGCUCAAGGCCUUUUGCUUUCUCCACCUGACUUUAUUAUUUGGGAUCAACAAGAACAAAUUCAUGAUCCUGAGGUCUCAUUAUGGAGUUUCUAAUUUAUAAACAACCUUUUGUUUUUUUAUGAGAGUUUAGAAAAUCAAGUGGAUAUAAUAUUAUGGAAUGAAUGACAAUUUUAC